CGGGUUACGCGCGGCGUCGAGUGGGCCGCGGGGCGGAGGAACCGGCUCCCGGCUGGGACUCCGAGCUCCGGGCUCGGGGCUCGGCGGCACGGCCCCGGCGGGCAGCAAGGCUGUGUGGGCCGAGGUGUCUCCCACUCCUUUCCCAGCUCCGCCAUGCAGGGCCCCGCCGGGAACGCGAGCCACGGACUGCCGGGCGGACCGCCCUCUACCGUCGCGUCCGGGGCGGGCCGCUGCGAGAGCGGCGCGCUCAUGCACAGUUUCGGCAUCUUCCUGCAGGGGCUGCUUGGCGUCGUGGCCUUCAGCACGUUGAUGCUCAAACGCUUCAGAGAACCAAAGCAUGAAAGACGUCCAUGGAAGAUAUGGUUUUUAGACACUUCCAAACAAGCCAUAGGAAUGCUGUUCAUCCACUUUGCAAAUGUGUACCUAGCAGAUCUCACUGAAGAGGACCCUUGUUCACUGUACCUCAUCAACUUCCUCCUGGAUGCCACCGUGGGCAUGCUGCUCAUCUACGUGGGUGUGCGCGCCAUCAGCGUCCUGGUGGAGUGGCAGCAGUGGGAGUCCCUGCGUUUUGGCGAAUAUGGAGACCCUGUGCAGUGUGGAGCCUGGGUUGGGCAGUGUGCUCUUUACAUCGUGAUCAUGAUUUUUGAAAAGUCUGUCGUCUUCAUCGUCCUUCUGAUACUUCAGUGGAAAAAGGUGGCCCUGUUGAAUCCCAUUGAAAACCCAGACCUGAAACUGGCCAUCGUCAUGCUGAUCGUCCCCUUCUUUGUCAACGCUUUCAUGUUUUGGGUAGUGGACAAUUUCCUCAUGAGGAAGGGGAGGACGAAAGCUAAACUGGAAGAAAGGGGAGCCAACCAAGACUCGAGGAAUGGGAGCAAGGUCCGCUACCGAAGGGCCGCGUCCCAUGAGGAGUCCGAGUCUGAGAUCCUGAUCUCAGCCGAUGAUGAGAUGGAGGAGUCCGACACGGAGGAGGACCUCCGCAGACUGACCCCUCUGAAGCCUGCGAAGAAAAAGAAGCACCGCUUCGGGCUGCCUGCUGGCUGUCAGGAAGCCCCCAUCAAGAAGAAGCGCCCCCCUGUGAAGGAGGAGGACCUGAAGGGGGCCCGAGGGAACCUGGCCAAGGACCAGGGGAUCAAGUCGAAGACCUACCAGGUCAUGCAGGAGUGUGAGCAAGCGGGCGUCGCCGCCCCAUCCGUGUUCAGCCGCACGCGGACCGGCACUGAGACCGUCUUCGAGAAGCCUAAAGCCGGACCCGCCAAGAGUGUCUUUGGCUGAGAAGAACACACCACACCACUCCCCUUGGCACUGCCAACACCUAAACACAGGAGUCUUCCCAAGAACUCUUCGUGCCAGAACUCACCUGCUCCCCUGUUGCCUCUGGGACUGCCCCCUCCCCGUGCCCCCCCCAACCCAGCCCUGACCCCUCAGCCCAGGAACUCAGCACCAGCACCUGGGAAACACCAAUAAAGAGGAUGCCUGAGCAGC